AUGACACGUUCAUACUGCUGGUUCGCAUUGGUUUCGACGCUGCUUUUGCUGCUGCAACACACGCUUGGCGAACUGCAACGCAGCUCGACAGCGAAACCGAUCGCUAAAGCACGGGGUGGAUCUUCAGCGCAAGCGGACGACCGUACGGAGCGCAUACGGGCCCAAUUGGCCGGUGGGUUCAUCGACGAUGCAAUGGUGCAUAAAAACGGUGCAUCGCAACGGCACGCUUACCACAACGCCGGUCAUCAGCGGCCGAAUGUUGCCGGAAGUGAACGGAAGAUGAGUGCCGUUCAUGGUACAAGCGGACCGAUUCACACUUACAUAAAGACGGACAAAAAUGCCAACUUUAAGUGGGGUGUGCGGCACUUUGUGGGGGCAAAGUACGCUCACUGA